GCGUCGCCGUAUACUAGAAUCCUCGGCCGUGUGGACUAAAAACACCUGAAGAAAAGAAUCUUAUUUUGAAGAAGCAUGAAUUGCCACUUUUAUUAGGAUAUUAAAAGUAAUACAGUAUGGUAAAUUUCAGUCUUUCUGAUCGAGGUCAAAAAGCUGAAGGUCUCCUUGCAGAAAAUCCUUACGAUCUUGAAGCUUGGGGUGUUCUAAUUCGAGAAGCACAGAACUUCCCAGUUGAUCAAGCAAGAGAUAUGUAUGAAAAAUUGGUCACUCAAUUUCCAACAGCUGGAAAAUACUGGAAACUUUAUAUCGAUCAAGAGAUGAAAUACAAGAAUUUUGACAGAGUUGAAAAGUUAUUUCAAAGGUGUCUAAUUAAAAUUCUCAACAUGGAUUUGUGGAAAACAUACCUUUCUUAUGUAAAAGAAACAAAGCAAACUCUUACAAGUUUUAGAGAAAAAAUGAUCCAAGCUUAUGAGUUUGCCAUCGAAAAAAUUGGUCUUGAUUAUUCUUCGUAUCCGAUUUGGUGUGAAUAUAUCAACUUUUUAAAAGCAGGAGAAGCUCAAGGUUCGUAUGCGGAAAAUCAAAAGAUAUCUCAAAUUAGAAAAGUUUAUAGUAGAGCUGUUCAUACUCCAAUACAUAACAUUGAGUCAUUAUGGAAAGAGUAUAGUCAUUUUGAAAUGUCUGUUAACAAAAUGCUUGCUGAAAAACUUAUUCAUGAAAAAACUAGGGAAUAUCAAAAUGCUAGAAGAGCUGUUAAGGAUAUAGAGUUGGUGACCCAUGGUUUUAAUAGAUCUAUACCUGCAAUACCUCCAACAAAUACUCCUUUUGAAGUUGCCCAGAAAGAACUGUGGAGAAAAUACAUUGCAUGGGAAAAAUCAAACCCACUUAAAGCAGAUGACAGAAGCCUUGUUGUGAGGAGAGUGAUGUUUGCUUUUGAACAAUGCUUGUUAUGUUAUUCUUUUCAUCCUGAUCUUUGGUAUGAAGCUGCUUCUUAUCUGGAAAAUACUGGAAGAGAACUGAUUGAACGAGGAGAUAUGCAAGGUGGUCAAAAGUUAUCUGAAGAAGCUGUUGCCUUGUAUGAAAAAGCAACUUCUACAUUUUUAAAAAACAAUCUGUUGCUUCAUUUUGCAUAUGCUGAUUUUGAAGAGAGUAGGAAGCGAUUUUCGAAAGUUAAAGCUAUAUAUGCCAAACUUCUUUCUGAAGAUAUUGAUCCAACAUUAGUGUAUUGUCAAAAUAUGAAAUUUAGUAGACGUGCUGAAGGAAUAAGUGAAAGUCGAGCAGUUUUUAAAAAAGCUAGAGAAGACCCGCGAUCUAAACAUCAUGUUUUCAUUUGUGCUUCUCUAAUAGAACAUUAUUGUAACAAGGAUCCAAAAGUUGCAUCUAAUAUUUUUGAACUUGGUUUAAAGAAAUAUGCAGACAAUGAAGAUUAUCUAAAGGCAUAUAUUGACUAUAAAAUUGCACAAAAUGAUGAUAAUAAUACACGUGUUGUAUUUGAAAGGUUACUGAGUCUUGUUCCGACUGAAUUACGAAGGUUUAUAUUGGGUCAUUAUAUGGAGUUUGAAGCUCAGUAUGGUGAUUUGGGGAGUAUUUUUAAAAUCGACAAAAGAAUGUGUGUGCCUCGCCAGGAUGGUGUUGAUGAAAGAGAUACUACAAUGUUAAUAGAACGUUACAAGUAUUUAGAUUUACUACCAUGUUCAUUAAGUGAGUUGAGAAGUAUGGGAUAUACAGCAAGGGUGACCAAGGUUAAAAACUUGGAUAAUUUGACCCCUGCUCCUAUUGCUGAUACUAGUAUUCAAGUUGUAAAAAAAGAGUUACCAAAACCAGAUGUCAACCAAAUGAAGCCUUUUAAACCAACUGCUGCUGUUAAUAAUCGAGUCAUUGGAAAUAUUGCAUCAGGUGGUGUAUUUGCUCCUCCUCCAGCUGUUGCUGAAUUACUGCAAGCUUUACCUCCACCAAUGAGUUUUAGGGGUCCAUUUGUUAAUCUUGAUAAGCUAAUUAAUCUUAUUUCAAAAUGUGUUCUUGAUGAAAGUUUAAAAGCUGUUUUAGCAUCAACGUUGGCAGAAAAUCGAGGCUUAAAACGUUCUGCUGGAGAUAGCGACGAUGAAUCAUCCUUCCAGCCUCCUGCAAACGAUAUAUAUCGAGCAAGACAGCAAAAAAGAGUUCAUCCAGUCUAGUUUAUUUUAGUUAUCAUUUUACAAUGAUCUAUAAAUGAAACGAUGAAAAUGCAUACCGGUCUUCGCUAAGGAGAUUUCAUUUUCUGCAUGUUAUAUAUAAACUUUCAAAGGUUUAUCGACAUAACGGCGCCGUGUUAAUAAAAAAUUCUUCAAAAAACAUAUCAUUGAAAGAUAAACAUACUUCAUGGCUCGGUUGUUUAUAAAUGUAAACAUGUGUAACAGCUAUUUUCAGUUUUAUUUUUAUUUUUAGUGAUAUAAUCAUGCAUUAUCGGC